GCCAUGAUGCCCCUGGCCACGGUGAUGCCCGAUGACACGCCCAUGUUUGACCCCAGGAUCCUGCAGGAACUCGACUGGAGUGAGAACACCACCACCUUCUCUCCUGCUAUUUCUCCACUGGAUCCAGGGGAUGGGCUGGUCCUGAGACCACUUUGCACAGCUGAUUUAAAUCGAGGCUUUUUUAAGGUUCUGGGUCAGCUGACGGAAACCGGAGUGGUGAGCCCUGAGCAGUUCAUCAAAACCUUUGAACACAUGAAGAGAUCUGGAGAUUACUACGUUACCGUGGUGGAGGACACAAACCUGGGGCAGAUCGUUGCUACGGCAACGCUGGUUAUAGAACAUAAAUUCACUCACUCCUGUGCCAAGAGAGGCAGAAUAGAAGAUGUGGUGGUCAGCGGGGAGUGCAGAGGGAAGCAGCUUGGAAAACUAUUAACAUCCACCCUUACCUUGCUCAGUAAGAGACUGAACUGUUACAAAAUCACGCUGGAGUGUCUGCCCAAGAAUGUGGAUUUCUACAAGAAGUUUGGCUAUUUGGUAUCUGAUGAAAACUACAUGUUUCAACGGUUCUUUAAUUAACAACUUCUAGGUGUUCUGGGUUUUUUUGUUGGGUUUUUUUUUUUUUUUUCUUCUUGGAAAGACUGUUGGUGGAGGAGCUUGUGCUGCAAACAUUCUCUCUGUGAAAAUUUCUAUAGUUUAUUGCUGCAGAUAUAACAAUCCCUAUAAAUAAUGAACAUCACAUGUGUAAAUCUUAGGGGAAAAAAAUUACUGAGGUUUUAGAAAGGGUCCCCUGGGUUAGAAAAUAAGUUUAGAACUAAUUUUUACUACUGUUGACUCAAGGUGAAGCUUUUCCGUUCUAGCUGAGUUACAAAGGACUCGUUAAAGGGAUGGUUUUUAACCAAAGGUCUAUAUUUUUAUCUCAAAUCUUUUCUUGCAUUGUAUUUUUCUAAAGGUUUGUGCUUUUCUCAGUAGCCAAAGGCCAGCCCCUGGGACUGUCCUGCUGGCUGUGCUGAUGGAAGGAUGAUGUAGCUGGGGAAGGGAUGAGGCUUCUCUUAUGCAGAAUUAAUGACACACAACAGGCCUUAGUUCUGGAUUUUUCCAUGACACCUCAUAGAAGUGCUGGUGGUGCAUCAGAAGUUUUAUAGGCACUGUUUUCCAAGACUGGAUUUGUUACUGUUGGUGCAGGUUGGGGAGAAUCCCUACAGGCUGUGCUGAACUCCCAGUCUAAAAAUGGAUGUGUGCUUCUCACUGCAGGAC